AUGUGCGACGGAUGGUCCGACCUCUCUUGCUUCGCAAACACACUCCAGUUGUGCGUGAAGCCAGUGCUAGACAUACCGUCUGUUUCAAAGGUCGUUGGAAAGUGCCGUAAACUAGUAGGGCACUUCAAGCACUCAACCACGCUAACAGCGGAACUUCUGCGACGACAGGAACUGCAACAGCGAGAGCCCAACAAGUCGACAUAUGCCCUCAUACAGGAUGUACCGACACGUUGGAAUUCUACGCAAAUGAUGUUAAGUCGCCUUCAUCAGCUCAGGCCUGCGGUAUACAAAAAACGCAACAUCCACCACCCACCUUCCACCACCAUCCUCCACCCAUCAUCAACCCACCACCACCCAUCACCCACCACUACCACCAUCCACCACCCAACACCACCCACCAACCACCACCACAUACCAUCCACCACCCACCAUCCACAACCCACACACCACCCACCACCAUCAUCCACCACCCACCAUCUACCACCCACUACCCACCAUCCACCACCCACCACCGACCACCACCCUCCACUCACCACCCACCCACCACCACCCACAAUUCACCAUCCACCACUCACCCACCACCCACCCAGCACCACCUACCAUCCACCAUCCACCACCAUCCACCACCCAGCAUGCACCACCUACCAUCCACCACAACCACCCUCCACCCACCACCAACCCACCAUCCACCACCAACCAUCCGCAACCAACCAUCCACCACCUACCAACCACCACUCACCAUCCACCACCACCCACCCACCGCCCAUCACCCACCGUCCACCAGCCACCAUCCACCACCCACUAUCUACCACCCAACACAAACCACCCUCAAAACCCAUUACCACCCACCAACCACCACCACCUACCACCCACAACCCACCAUCCGCCAUCCACCACCAACCACCCAUCCCCCACCACCCACCAUCCACCCACCACCACCCACCUCCACCAACCAUCCACCACCAACCACCCACCAUCCACCAACCACCACUUAUUCAUCAUCAACCGACUACCACCCACCUACCACCAUCCACCACCCACAACCCGCCACCCACCAUUCGACACCCACCAUCCACCACUCACCAUUCACAAUCCACGAAUAACCACCCACCACCCACCACCACCUACCACCCACUAUCCACCACCCACCAUCCACCACCCCACCAUCCAUUACCCACCAUCCACCACCCACCUCCCAUCUCCCACCACUCAACAUGCAUCACCCACCAUCCACCAUAA